AUGUCGGUCAUCUCACUACGCUCAGUGUCCGGACAAGUCAGCUACUCGAUUGCUGAGGAGAUGGCUAAAGGCUCUGUUGUCGGUAACAUAGCGCAGGACUUGGGAUUGGACCUGAAAAGACUGAAAUCAGGUAAAGCUCGUAUUUAUACGACAGAUAGCACCGAAUACAUCGAGCUGAAUAGAGACAGAGGAAUUCUCGUCAUCAAAGAGAGAAUAGACCGAGAGGCAUUGUGCGCACAGACUACGCCUUGCGCUCUUCACUUUCAGAUCAUUCUGGAAAAUCCAAUGGAGUUAUAUAGAGUAACAAUAGUCAUCCAAGAUCAAAAUGACAACGCACCUCAGAUUCUUUAUCCAGUGCAGACAAGUAGUUCUGUUAUGGCCGAAAUCGUGCCUCGGUCAGCAGAUGUCGGCUACCUAGUCACUAAAGUAGUGGCUGUGGAUGUAGACUCUGGACAGAAUGCCUGGCUCUCGUAUAAACUUGUUAAAGCCACGGAAAGAGCUCUGUUUGAAGUAGGCGCUCAGAAUGGAGAAAUAAGGACUGUUCGCCAGGUGACUGACAAGGAUGCAGUGAAGCAAAAACUAACAGUAAUAGUUGAGGACAACGGACAGCCCUCUCGCUCAGCUACGGUCAACGUCAACGUGGCGGUUGCGGACAGUUUUCCUGAAGUGCUCUCGGAAUUUACUGACUUUACGCACGAUAAGGAAUACAAUGACAACCUUACAUUCUAUCUUGUUUUGGCGCUGGCUGUGGUAUCUUUCCUCUUCGUUGUCUCUCUUAUAGCCAUACUGUCAGUCAAAUGCUACAGAUGGAGACGCGACCAGAUGUUUUACAAAUCAAAUGGACAGCUUCCAGUAAUCCCAUACUACCCACCCCUUUACGCAGACGUUGGGGGCACAGGUACAUUGCAACACGUGUACAACUAUGAGGUGUGUCGCACCACUGACUCGAGAAAAAGUGAUCUGAAAUACAGCAGACCCUCUAGUCAGAGCAUCAUUAGUCUGGAUACUACUGGAACUCUGACUCUACGGAAUGCGCAGAGAGACAAACUGGUCAUGGAAGACCGAGACGACCAGGUGAGCUGA